AUGCCAAACACCCAGCAGGAGCUGGCCUCUUGGGUGGCUUACGGGCCACGGGCCCUAACUCUCCUCGCGCGGCUGCGGGGCCUAGAGGUCUCCGUGGACCUGCUCCGAAAGACUCAGCUCGGCCGCCUUGUUCGGAGAUAUCUUCACCAUGAUGAGGUCCAAGUCGUCACCAAGGCCAAAGCUCUGAUCGAGGACUGGAAACUCGUCCUCCGAGAGCAUCUGACUCGUGCCAAGGAAGCGCCAGCAGCCGAAACGAAGGUGGCAGCGCUGAAGGAGUCAGAGAGUGAAGAUGCCGCUGAGUCAGGACCCAGCAGCAGCAAGGUGGAGGACGAAGCGCAGGGCUGGGUGCAGAAGGAGGCCUUUCACCAGUACCGUGGCAAGCGCGAGAAGUUUUGGGCCUUUACACUCCGCAGGCCCUUUGGCAACGACACCUGGGUGCUCCAGGUUCGGGUGGCACAGCCCAAGAAAGUCACGCAGGAGGUGCGGGACAAAAAGCUGGAAGAGAUCUCGGAGCUCUUGUUUCGCAUGGCCGCGGACACAGGUGCUAUUCGUCCAGACACUUGUGAGGCCGGGGAGGAGAACCUGAAGACAUUGGGACGGCUGCAGCGUCUGGAGAAACGCUUCAUCGGCAAGGGAGUUACUGAGAGUGAAGCGCGCAAUGCCCUCCGCCUGUUCGAGCGGGAGUUGUCCAAGGCGAACUGGACGGCAGACAAGUUUGAGAAACUGAAGAAGCAGCUGGCAGGAACGGAAGAGUGGUCUGCCGCUGAUCUGGUCGCCGAGAGCUCCAUCCGUUGGGAGCAGAACAAGCGUCGCCAGGCCUGGAUUGGCCAAAUAGUUGCUGCUGCACGUAAUCCUACCAGAACUACUACCACCACUACCGCGGCUGCUGCUGCUGCUACUACUACUACUACUACUACUACUACUACUACUACUACUACUACUACUACUACUGCUAGUACUGCUCCAGCUGCUGCUGCCGCUCCUUCUCCUAGUCCUGCUAAUCCUACCACUCCUAAGUAUGCUGCUACAACUGUUAUUGUUAUUCUUAUUACUACUACUACCACCACCACCACCACCACCACGACUACUACUACUACUACUACUACUACUACUACUACUGCUACUACUGCUACUGCUGCUACUACUGCUACUACUGCUACUACUUCUACACUGCUACUAGUGCUGCUACUGCUACUACUGCUACGACUGCUACUGCUACAACUGCUACUACUACUGCUCUACUGCUACUACUGCCACUGCCACUGCCACUGCAGCUACUACUGCAGCUACUGCCACUGCUACUGCUACUGUUAG